AAACAUAAUCUCAACUUGUGACUGAAAAUUAAUUGAGCUGGUGACAAAGAAGUUGUGGUAUGUAAGGAGUUCCUAUAAUCGAAUAAGAAUUUAAGUAAUUUUAAUUUAUAUUCUUUUUUAUUAUUGUUAUUCAUUGAAAGUAAACUUUUUCACUAUUUUAACGUACCCUUCAGCCUGACCGUUACUAGCGGGGUGAUACGACGGUGACGUUUUGGUGUAAAAUGUCUAUCCAGGAGGUUUAAGAUAUCCUCAAAUGUCACCUCUUGGACUUCCUUAGGCAGUGCAAGAUCUGACGCUAGUUGGUAUGUACCGUCAGAGAGUUCGCUCAGGAGUAUCGCUCUUCUUUUUUCCCAAGUUGCAGAAGUAAUAUUAUUUAUAAUGAACUACUGCGUAAGCCCGCCUUUGUACGUAUUCCAUGACUGCACAUUAUGGUCAAAAAUUGAUAAAAUUCCGAACUGCGUUGUGGCCAUUUUAUAAAAAAUAGAAGUUGUAGCAAAAUGAUAUAUGACAUUUCUUUUUUUUAUUUGAAGCAGCUAUACCAGGCAAAGGACGUCCCAAAUAAUAGCCACUUGCAAAAUUAAUUUUAUUAUAUUGAAAAUAAAACGAAGUGAAUACAUUUUUAAAUAAAACUAAUUUUACGGAUUUUAUCGCGUAUAUUAACUUAUUUUUAUAUUCCCGACGUUUCGGGUGCUUUCCAGCACCCGGUCACGGGUUUAUUUAAAAAUGUGUAGUGUUCGCGUAAAUAUAAGAAAUCAUAAAGUAAAUACAAAUGAAACAAUGGUAAAAUUUAAUAUUUUUUUUAUUAGUUAUUAAUUUUUACUUUACAAUAAUUUUGUUUACAAAUUUAAUAAUUAAGUUAUUAAUAUAUACAUUAUUAAAAAACUUAAACUAGUAACUUAAUUAUCAUACAUCCUCAUUUUAACUUUACAAUAAUUUUGAUUAGAAAUUGAAUAAUUAAUUUAUUAAAAUAUAUAAUAUUAAAAAAAAAAACUAUAAUUAAAGAAAACCAAAACUAAUAACUUAAUUAUCAUAGUCCUCAUUUUAACUUUACAAUAAUUUUGUUUACAAAUUUAGAAUCGGACCUGUUUUUCUGAUGCCAUUAUAGCUUAUUAAAACUAUAAUUAAAAAAAGAAAACUAAAACUAGUAGCUUAAUUAUCAUACAAUCCUACACCCCGCGGUAUCACACCAAGAACGCUGGCUGCGUUUCCCUGCUGAAUGGCUAUAUGUACUUAGCUUUGGAGCGAGAAAAGAACUAACCAUCUAUUUAGAAUUAAUGGAUAAGUAUCAAUAUAAGAUUCACCAGUUUCACCACUUUCGUUACUCACUUCCCUUUCAUGUCCUUUAAACAGGCUCUUUAUUUUUAAUAUCUGUGCACUAACAUCAUCUCUAUAAUUACAAGAUGAGUGGUGAAAUUUAAUGAAACCCGUAAUUAAUAAAGAUUUAAGAGCAUUUAUGAAAUUGUGGCAAGAUGGAUUAUUGUCCCUAAAAUUGUAUGAUCUUAUUUGACCGAAAAAAAAUUAGAUUGCAUCGGAAUGUAUACAGCAGGGUCUCAUAACCUUUACAUUUUUCUUGGACAAAAACUGCCACAAAUUCAUAAAUCUUUUUAUGGUACUUAUCCAAUUCUUUAUACUGGGCACUGUACAUACACGACCAUUUUUUAUUAAUAAAUAUUAAAUUUUCUAGUUUUAACAAAGCUUGCUGCCUGAAUGCAUGGUGUUUACAUUUUUCUAUAACAGCAAUUGUUAAUUCUUUCUCUCUUCUUUUUUAUUUAUCACCGCACUUCCAUUCACACUGUCAAAAGUGUCAUCCAUAAAAGAUACUGUUUCUGCAAUAUUUUUCAGUAUUUUGCUCACUGGCCGCCCAUCCGAAUAAUGAGCUGUAAUAAAUAUUUGAAAUAUUAUAAAAUUUGAAAUAUAACUAAGUACUCUGUACAACAUAUUUAAAUUACAGAAGAAGUUUGUGUUUUUUAUAGAAUUAAACAUGACAGGGAAGCACCCAUUUCUCUUGAUAGUAAGUGAACGCUGUGCCUUGUUACAAGGGUCUUUGUUUCUCUCAUAUAAAAUACUAGUUUUAUGGUGCUAUAAAUCUAAUAAAAUAAUUAAUAUAAUAACUUACAAAAUGCAGAGGUAUAAAUUAAGGCUCCUGCCACGGUUUUACGAAAUAUACGAACAUAAUUCUUAACCUGCAAAUAAUCCAAAAGAAUUUGAUUACGAAUAAGUUUAUUAAGUACAUGUACAAAAAUUAUAUUACAUGUACCUUAUUUUUUAUUAUCAGGAAUAACAUAUUCGUCAUUAAAUUUGUGUAAUAACCGUGUUUCUGCAUGUUCACAGUCUGUCUUAUACGCAUCUACAAUAUAUGACCAUGUAGAAAUAUUUUCUUGGUAUUGUAUAUUUUUUUGUUAAAAAUUGUGGGUUGGCUAUAGAUAUCCGGUACUUGAUUUUAGUUAUGUUUUCAACUUAGGAGGCUUGUCAGGGUUAAGCAUGAACAUUUUAAACUGUUUUUGAAUGUCGGAAAUGCGUUUUUAAUUAAUUAUGACAAAAAUAAAUUUCAAUAAAAAUUCCGUAUAACGAAACGCAAAUAUGACAAUUUUGUAUAGUGUUAUGAGAUUAGAUGUCAAAAACAGAUGCAAAAAGUGUGAAUCGGAACGGUUGUUGACGGCCAUGUUGUCGGCAACCGUAAAUGUCAAAUAUAAUAUAUUAUCUAUGAUGUCAAAUAUAAAUUGUCAUUCCGUUUCUCUAGUAGUCACGCGAAUGUUCUUUUUUGUGCUUAGUGCUGUGUUUUCCCUGUUUUUUCGACGACUUCUGCUCUGUUUUUGGACUUCUUUGAUUGCCCUUACGUUUGACCUUGGCUUUGUUUCUGGUUUUGAUUGGAUUGCAUUACUUUGGACUUUGGCUUGCUUACCGGACCUGAGAAUGAGCGAUUACGAACCCGUAGCGGGGCCUUCUUCGGCAUCUGACGCUUUACUCGAGGAACCAUCACACAUCGACGAAGACUUCUCUGACGACGGCGACUAUGUGAAGCGUCGACUAUACGUGUCUGAGAUUAUGUUCAUGUGGAAUCUGUCGGAUAUUGUGCGUGAACUUGGAACGAACGAGCAAUGUGUUCGAUAUAGUGAGGAUGAAGGGCUGGUCCUAAAGGAACGAAAGUGCGGCAAACAUAAAACUAAUAUGAAAAUUUCAUACUCAAGUGGCUGCAAAUCGCUUGGUACUUUCAUAUGUGCUAAAGCAUCCUGUAAGGGGAAAGCUGGAGGCAGUGGAGUUAAAAUCUCACGACGACAAAGGGACUUUUUUUGAAAAUGUAACUCUUGAUAUGCCCCACAUAUAUUACCUCAUAUAUGCAUAUUCACAAGGAUGGUCUUAUAAUCAAACAAUCCAUGAAGACCCAUAUAAACGACAGAGACAACAAUGUUUAAGCCCAUAUACAAUAUGUGAUUGGUACAAUUACUGCAGAGAGGUAGUUGUUAUUUACUACCUCGAGAAACAGAAUCAGUUUACUGGAAAGAUUGGUGGCCCUGGUAAAAUUGUACAAAUUGAUGAGAGCAAAUUUGGAAAACGAAAAUACAAUAAAGGACGUCACAUCGAAGGCCACUGGGUGCUCGGUAUGAUAGAAGAUGGGUCUGAGGAUCUCAGACUAGAGGUGUGCCCGGACAAUAUUAGGUCUGCUGAGGUACUGGUGCCGCUUAUACAGAGACAUGUGGCGGCGGGUACCACAAUUUAUACUGAUUGUUGGCGGGCAUAUGAUUGUUUGGCAGAACACGGGUACACACAUAAAAAAGUUAGCCACUCAGACCCAGACAAUCCAUUUGUGUCUGAAGAUGGGACUCAUACACAACGAAUUGAGUCGCAGUGGAGAGCAGUGAAGAGGUUUUUUAGAAAACAAAAUUAUAAUAAUUCUCAAAGUUUUACAGACGUGAUAGUAGAGUAUUUGUGGAGACGAAAUGUAGAAAAGUUUAAAAAGGAUCCAUUCAAAGAAAUUAUGCGAGCAAUAAAGCAUGUGUAU